AUGCAGCCGGCCGCGGGCAGCGAGCGCCGCAGCCCCCCGGGCCCCGCGGUCCCGGCACCGCCCCGGGGCCACGCGCCCUUGGCCGCCGCUCCCGGCCCGGGCCCGCUGAGCAACGCAGCUCGCGAGCCGCCCAAGCCCGAGGAGGAGCGGCAGCUGCGGAUCAGCGAGAGCGGCCAGUUCAGCGACGGGCUGGAGGAUCGAGGCUUACUAGAAAGCAGCACUCGCCUGAAGCCUCACGAGGCCCAGAACUACAGAAAGAAGGCAUUGUGGGUCUCCUGGUUCUCCAUUAUUGUCACACUGGCCCUGGCUGUGGCUGCCUUCACUGUCUCCGUUAUGAGGUACAGCGCCUCUGCUUUUGGGUUUGCAUUUGAUGCCAUCCUCGACGUCCUGUCCUCGGUGAUUGUCCUAUGGCGUUACAGCAAUGCUGCCGCUGUACACUCUGCCCACAGGGAGUACAUAGCCUGUGUCAUCCUGGGGGUGAUAUUCCUUCUGUCAUCCAUAUGUAUAGUGGUCAAAGCCAUCCAUGACCUCUCAACAAGGCUGCUCCCAGAAGUGGAUGAUUUCCUGUUCAGCGUCUCCAUUUUAAGUGGGAUCCUUUGCAGCAUCCUGGCUGUGUUGAAGUUUAUGCUGGGGAAGGUUCUGACCAGCAGAGCACUCAUAACAGAUGGGUUUAACUCCCUCGUGGGCGGCGUGAUGGGCUUCUCCAUUCUUCUGAGUGCGGAGGUGUUCAAACAUAACGCGGCGGUCUGGUACCUGGAUGGCAGCAUAGGUGUGCUGAUCGGCCUCACCAUAUUUGCCUACGGGGUCAAACUCCUCAUCGACAUGGUGCCCAGGGUGAGGCAGACUCGCCACUACGAGAUGUUUGAGUGACAGUGGCCAGUGGGGCCCGAGCCGGCUGCUGUGCAUCCGCACGAACACCGUCAGGACCACGAGGUUUCCACACAGGCAGAUGGUGCCAGUAUUUCACUGAACAUCCAAUUUCUUU